GCAAUGGUGGUGUUGUUAGAUCUUGCAGUAACCUACACCAUCAAUAAUUCCUUUGUUAAUGUUUUUAAGUGAAAUUUGCGACAAACCUUAGAUCCUGAAUUGAUUCAAACGAAUAGAGGAGAAGGGAGUAGCGAAGAACUGAGACGGCGUCUUAUCGGUUAGAGAGAGAUCUGGUGUCAGAGUGGUAGCGGAAGAUGGAGAGGGGUAAGAUCGAAGAGGUAAUUGAGCAGCAAGUCCUCACGGUGGCGCGCGCCGUCGAGGACAAGAUCGACGAGGAGAUCGCCGCCCUCGAGCGCCUCGACACCGACGACAUCGAGGCUCUCCGUGAGCGCCGUCUACAGCAGAUGAAGAAGAUGGCGGAGAACCGCUCCCGUUGGAUCUCCCUCGGCCACUCCGAAUAUACCGAGAUUCCCUCCGAGAAAGACUUCUUCUCCGUCGUCAAGGCCAGCGAACGCGUCGUCUGCCACUUCUACCGCGAAAACUGGCCCUGUAAGGUUAUGGACAAACAUUUAAAUUUGUUAGCUAAGCAGCAUAUCGAGACUCGGUUUGUGAAAAUCAACGCUGAGAAAAGUCCGUUUCUGGCUGAGAAGCUCAAGAUCAUUGUUCUUCCAACUCUUGCCCUCAUAAAGAAUGCCAAAGUCGAUGAUUAUGUGGUUGGGUUUGAUGAACUUGGUGGGACUGACGAGUUUAGCACAGAGGAGCUAGAAGAAAGAUUGGCUAAAGCUCAAGUAAUCUCUUAUGAGGCUGAAUCAUCAUUCCAUCAAGCAAGGUCCAGUGCCAAAACCACAAGAAGUGUUCGGCAGAGCUCAAGAGCAGACUCCUCAGAUUCUGAGUAACAUGCAUUUCUUGAUGACAUUUAUAUGCCAUGUUCUCCUGAGCACUCUGAUUUACACUCUAAACUCAGUCUUCGCGCCAUGCGUGUCUCUGUCUGUAAGAAUUCAUCUUGAUUCUAGUUAGCACAUGUUUCUUGAGAUCACCCCUUUUUAUAGUAUAAUGUUUUUGAGAUAGUCCUCUGCUUAUGCUAACUUCAUUCAUCUUUGUUAAUAAUUUUAUUUUAUUAGUUUUGAUGUCCA